UUUCGUUCCUGCAUUUAACAUCGGUGUGGGAAACCCUAGAUCAGAUCGGGGUCGUAUUUGCAUCCGGGAGGCGCCGCAAAUUUGGACCCAGGCCACGACCAUGGAGUCCCACGGCUACCCUUCAGCGGGGCGUCUCAACGAGCUGGUCGUGGCGAAUCCCAGGAAAGAAGAUGUGGCGGAACGCAGCAAAGAAGAGUCGGAAAGAAGUAUUUAGUCGUCUCAUCAAACAGAUGAGAUGCAGAAACAGAUAGAGAUGGAGAUGAAGGAGAAAGGGAAACAGAUGCAGAUGGAGGAAGAGGAGUACUUUAUGCCGAAGCCAAAGAUUGUCAAGUACCAUGAUCUCUUGGAGAAAUUAUGGGGAUGGGACAGACUGCUACCAAAGGCGACUUCCGUGUCUUUGUCUGUCUAUAUCACAUACCUUGAAGAGUAUCACCGUCGCAAUGUGCACGCAGUUACUACGGACACGAGCAUAUCUGCUCUCGCUGAGACUUGUCUCAGCAAUGAGAAGCAACUUGUAUCUGAGUUGAAGCUCUGGGUGACACGUGAACAGGAGACGAGCUUGAUGAUACGGAGAUCAAUCAUUCUGAGUUGCCUGAUCCAGGAGCAUGCACGCUCAGUGGUCCACACAGCAGAUAAAAGCAGCUUUUCUGAUGUUUCUGGUGCGGCUUUGUUGUGUAUUGCCAAGGAGGCUGGCCUGACGUGUGAGUUGCUGAGGCGUGGCGCUGAUCCCAUUGAUGAUUAUUUAAUCAACCAGGGCAGAGUGAUACGCUCGUGUGCCUUGAGCCUAAUGAACUGCACUUCUGUUUAUUCCUCUGCUGCUAUGUUGGUACGUGCCUGCCUUAAAACCUAACCUAAUAUUAUCAUCCAUCCAUGAGCCUUAAUGGGCCUAUCUUCCAUCCAUUCUUGAGCC